AUGUUGCGCGCCCUCUCGACGCCUAUCGCGAGCGCGCUGUCGGGCGCUGCGCCCGCCGUGGGCGCGGGCCUCCUGCGGCACGCCCGCGUGGCCGCCCGCACCUUCGCGUCGGCCGCGAGCGACGAGGAAAUCGAGGUGGAGAUCCCGAAGCCGUACGAGGCCUACAUGAUCGACGCGCCGCCUCAGAAGGUCAAGACCUCCAUGAAGGAGCUGGUGGGGGUGUACGAGUCGAUGUACCGCAUGCGGAGAAUGGAGGUGGCAGCUGACCUCCUGUACAAGGCCAAGAUGAUCCGGGGCUUUUGCCACCUCUACGAUGGCCAGGAGGCAAUCGCGGGCGGCAUCCAGGUGGGCACGACGUUCCAGGACUCGAUCGUGACGUCCUACCGCGACCACUGCAUCCACCUCAUCCGCGGCGGCACGGUCACGGAGGUCAUCGGCGAGCUUAUGGGCAAGCGGUGCGGCGCGACGAUGGGCUUCGGCGGGUCAAUGCACAUGUACUCUGCGAAGAACAACUACUACGGCGGCCACGGGAUCGUGGGCGCGCAGAUCCCCGUCGGGACGGGCCUCGGCUUCAAGCACCUGUACGAGGGGGAGCGCAACGUGGCGCUGACGCUGUACGGCGACGGCGCGGCCAACCAGGGGCAGCACUUCGAGGCGCUCAACAUGGCGGCGAUCUGGAACCUGCCCGUGCUGUACAUCAUCGAGAACAACCACUACGGGAUGGGCACGAGCGACCGCCGCGCGUCGAAGCAGCCCGAGUUCUACAAGCGGGGGGGGUACAUCCCGGGCAUCAAGGUCGACGGCAUGGACGCCAUGGCGGUCAAGAACGCCAUCAUGUAUGCCAAGGAGUACGCCGUGGAGAACGGGCCGAUCAUGCUGGAGAUGGACACGUACCGGUACCACGGCCACUCGAUGUCCGACCCGGGCAGCACGUACCGCACGCGCGACGAGAUUCAGUCCACGCGGCAGGAGCGCGACCCCGUGGACCGCGUCAAGGCGAUGCUCACGAGCAACGGGUUCGAGGCGGCCGCGGUGAAGAAGAUCGAGAAGGCGAUCAAGAAGGAGGUCGACGACGCCAUCGAGGACGCCAAGAAGGGUGACUACCCCCCCCUGGACUGGAUUGGCCGGUACACGUACGUCGACCCGCUGGGGCGGCUCACGCGCGGGGUGGACCGGUUCAGCUGGUGGGAGACGGCCAAGCCCGGGCAGUGA